AUGAUCCUUCGUAAAGCUGGAGCAGCCCUGGCAGCAGGAUGUACCAUGAUUGUCAAGCCAUCGCCUGAAACACCCUUCUCUGUCUUGACUUUGGGGUACUUGGCCCUUCAAGCAGGCUUCCCGCCUGGUGUUUUCAAUGUCUUGACCACCAGUCUUGAUAACACUCCUUCAUUAUCGGAGGCACUGUGUCGCCACGAGCUUGUCAAGAAAGUUACAUUCACAGGCAGCACUCGCGUGGGCAAACUGGUGGCCAAGAUCUGUUCCGAUGGACUGAAGAAGGUCACACUCGAGCUCGGAGGAAACUGCCCCUUCCUCAUCUUUGAAGAUGCCGAUCUGGAACAGGCAGCUAAUGGUAUGUUCUUCCCCAAACACUUAUCUUCUACCAAAGAACACGUAACUGAUGACAUGAAUCAAANNGCACUCAUGGCACUGAAAUGGCGCCACGCAGGCCAAGCCUGUAUAACUGCCAAUCGCGUCUACGUCCAAAAAUCGAUCUACGAAGACUUUUCCAAGCUCAUCGUCCAAAAGACCAAAGGACUCGUGAUGGGUCACGGCAGCGAACAGAAGACAACACUGGGACCGGUGACUACCUCCCGCGGCCUCGACAAAGCCGAAUUCCAAGUCAAGGACGCAGUCUCUCAUGGCGGAAAAUUGCUACUCGGUAGUGGCGAGAGGGCGAAAGACGCAAGUGGUUACUUCUUCGAGCCUGCAAUCAUUGGAGAUGCGAACAGCGACAUGUUGAUUGCGAAUGAAGAAACCUUUGCGCCUGUGCUUGCACUUUUCCCUUUCGAUACCGAGGAAGAAGCAGUACAAAGGGCCAACGACACCAGCAUGGGAUUGGCGAGCUACUACUUUACCAAGAAUGUCGAUAGGACCUGGAGGUUGUUUGAGAAUCUCGAGGCUGGCAUGCUCGGUAUCAACACUGGUGAGUUGGUUUGCCUUUGCUGUCGCUAUUGGUUUUGUGCAUAUGCUAACGUUGAUAUAAUAGGCAAUUCUUCGGCUGCAGAGAGUCCGUUCGGAGGCAUCAAGGAAAGUGGCUAUGGAAAGGAGUCGGGCAAGGAUGUCGCAGUCAAUGAGUACCUGAUCACAAAGACGGGCACUUUUACUCUGGAUGGCCAAUAUUAG